AAUAGGACAUAUUUCAUUGAUAGUAAAGAAGUUAUUAGUGACUGUUUUGACAAAGAGCAUUUAAGUAAGAUUAGUGCAGUUACAGUUACGAAUAUUAAAAAAAGUAAUGGAAGUAAUGGAAAUAAAAUGAUUGUUGCAGUUGGGAAUGAAGAAGGAGUAGUUAGUAUUUGGGAUGUUAAUAGUGAAAAAAUUGAAGGAGAAUACAAAGUAAUGAAUAAAGUUACAUGUCUUAAAUUUUAUAAAGAAGAACUUAUUAUUGGAACGAAUGGAGAUAGUAUCAGCAUUAUUAAUAUUAAUAAUCAAGAGAAAAGAACAAUUAAAGGAAAUAAAAGAGGAGUUAAUUGUAUUGAAGUAGUAGGGAAUAGAUUAAUUGUAGGAAGUAGUGAUGUUAAAGUAUAUGAUAUGGAAGAAUUAAAAAAAGUAGUUAAACAAAGUAAUCAUUUAGAUAUGACUAAAGGAAUUGUUGGAAUAAAUAAUACGGAAUAUAUAACAUAUGGAAAUGAGAAGAACAUUUAUCUAUGUUCUAAUGAGACGAGUAUUCCAAUUCAAAGUUUUACAAUAACAGGAAAUCCAAAUAAAGUAGAGGGGAUGUAUGUCAGUGAUAAUAAUAUAUUAAUUGCAGGAUUAAUAAAUAAUGGAAGUAUUGAUAUAAUAUUAUUUAAAAGAAAUUGUAGAAAAGCAAAACCAAUUGGAACGAGUUGUAGAAUUCAAAUUAAUAGAGAAAUUGAUGAUUUAGUUAUUUAUAGUGAUAGAAUAAUGAUUAUUCAAAGGAUGGAAGAAUUAAGAGUUGAAUAUAUCAAAAUAAUGGAAGAAGGGAAACUUGUUAAAGACAGUGAAAUCAAAGAGAUAAGUAAAAAGAUUGAAGAAGGAAUGAUAGGAAAGAAAAAUAAAGAAAAAAAUAAAGAAAUGAUAAAUGAGUCUAAAGAAAUGGAAGUUAUUGGAGUGGAUGAACAAAAAGAAGAAAUUGAAACUACAUUUGAACGGAAAAUGAAAGUUAUGGAACAACUUGGAACUAAAGAGCCAGAGAAUGUAACAUUAAGUAAAGAAAGUAUUGUUAUGACAUUAAUUAGAGGACUUGAAAGUAAUAAUAAAAUUUUGAUUGAAAGAUGUUUGUCUAUAGAUGAAGAAAAUGUAAUUAAAAAAACUAUUAAUAAUUUACCAAGUAAAUAUAUUGUUGAAUUAUUAAAUAUUGUGUGUGAUAUAUUUAAUAAUAAACCAACAAAAGCAUUUACAAUGACAUUAUGGUUAAAAUCAAUAUUUGAACAACAUUUAGCAUAUUUAAUGAGUAUUAAAGAUGUUUCAAAAAGUAUUGGAAAAUUAUAUGUCAUUGUUGAAAGUAGAACACUUUCAUACAAACACUUAUUGAGGCUCUAUGGAAGAAUGAAUUUACUUUUGUCUCAAAUUGAUAAAAAGCAACAACUGAAACAAGACCAAAGAGGUGGUACAUAUAAUGAGUCAUGUGAAGAAGAAGAAGAAAAGAAAGAAAAUCUUGAAGACUUUGAGAAUUCAAUUGAUAUGGAUGAUAAUUUAUAUAACUCAACGUCGGGGAAUGAAGAAGGGAAUGAAAUGAGUGAAGAAGAAAUUGAAAACGAUGAUUUGUCUCUCUAA